UCACUUUCGUGUGUUUGUGGGACUUGUAGUCUAUUUAAAACGUGGAUGUAUGGUAUCACGAGCCGCGGGAAACUACAAGUCCCAUAUUCCACAAUGAGGAAGUAGCGUGACAAAACACUGCUGAGGUUGCUGCACAAAACGCGAAAAGAUGUCUCAUGUUGUAAAGAAAAGAAAAUUAGAUAAAACCCGUCAGGACAGCCUGUACUUUGACAGCUACUCCGAUGUGACUAUUCACGAGGAAAUGAUAGCGGACCAUGUACGAACCAACACGUACAGGAUGGCGAUACUGAGGAACAGUGAGUGUAUUCGGGGUAAAGUUGUGCUGGAUGUCGGGGCAGGAACCGGCGUGUUGAGCAUCUUCUGUGCACAAGCCGGUGCCAAGAAAGUGUACGCGGUUGAAGCUUGCUCUAUCGCCGAGCAGGCUGAGAAAAUAGUGAAGCAGAACAACAUGGAGGAUAAAAUCCAAGUUAUACGAGGCACGGUGGAGACGGUGGACCUACCGGAGAAGGUGGAUGUGAUAGUGAGCGAGUGGAUGGGCUAUGCGCUCCUACACGAGUCCAUGCUCAACUCGGUCCUUUACGCGCGGGACAAGUGGCUGCGACAGCCGGGCGGUGUCAUCCUGCCCAGUAAAGCCGAACUCUACAUCGCACCCAUCAGCGACCCGGUGGUGGAGGACCGCUUACAUUUCUGGUACACAGUCAAAGACCAGUACGGCGUGGACAUGUCCUGCAUGUCCGACUUUGCUAGGAAAUGCAUCAUGAACUCGGACAUCACUGUGAACUCUGUGACCGUGGAGGACGUGCUCUCCCACCCGGCCCGCUUCGCCGAGCUCGACCUGCAUACCGUCACCGUGGAGGAGCUGCGGUCGGUGAAGGGCAACUUCAGAUGCGAGUCCUUCGGUUCGGCGGCGGUGAACGCUUUCUGUGUUUACUUCACGGUGACUUUCCCCUGCCCGGACAAGCCGCAAGCGCUUGUGCUCUCCACGUCCCCGUUCAAACCGGAGACGCACUGGAAGCAGGCGGUGCUGUACCUAGACGUUCCGGUAGAUGUGGUGCAAGAUACGCUGAUUACCGGAGAGAUCAGCAUGUAUCCCUCGGAGCACAGCGCCAGACAUAUAUGCAUCCAUGUGGACUACACGAUAGGAGAGCAGAAAAAACAAUCCAAGACUUUUUCUAUCCCUGACUGGAGCUCUGAGGCCCAGCCGUAGUGUGGUGGCUGUGAACGCACCAACAUGUUACAGUCACCAGGCAGCACACUGAAAUGCCGAAGUCCUUGAACUUCAUCUAAUAUUAUCUGCCACUUAGACCUAAACUUUCUCACUGUACGCGUGUAUGGGUACACAGUAGGGCAGUUGCUGGUAUUUUUGCUGUGUAGAUUAUUAUUAUCAUAUUUAAAAACUAUAAAAAUCCAAUUGGAAGGCACUGCAAUGCUUCAGCUGACAUCUAUACACAAGAGUUUGGUUUUUACUCAUCUCAACAGGCCAAAUAUUUAGUGCAUUUUUAGAUUUUUAGACAAAGUGGCAACUACAAUCUAACGUGAGUUACAAUACAUGCUCUUUGUUUGGAGUUGUUUACGAUAUGUCUUACAGUACAACAUUUGUUGUCACACCUAAUAAAUAAUUUGACACCUGAAUUGGAGGAAUAAAAAUGCAUAUCCUUAACACCUAUGUUACUGCAUUUUAGUUAGCUUCACAUAAACAAACCAACAUGUUUUUGAAAGCCAGUAAUGAUAUUUUUGUAUUGCAUACUGUAUCAAAAUAUUGCAGUAUGACUUUUAAAGGGGCACUCCCCUGAUUUUACACACGAAGAUCAGUUUACUCAUGAGCAGGAGUACCCUGAUGAUGUCAUCAGGGUUAUCUCUGCUCUGACUUGAGACUUGAAUUUUUUAACAGAAGCCUGUGUUACAGACUGUAGUUGUAGAGUUUGAAAGAAGUGGGCAUUUAAGAUGUUUUGAGGGUCUAAUAAAAGACCCUUUCCAGUUGCAUUAUGGGAAAUGUAGGAUAUAGUGUCUUUGGAGCUUGACCCAUACUAGUGACUCAAAGUCAGAAUAUCGUGGCCUCUGCUGCACAGAUUUUGACCAUUCUCUUUUAAUCUGUCUUUUGUGAGUCUCCCAACUUCAUGGAAGUGACGUAGUAAAUUGCUGCCUUUACCAAUUUUAUUGUUAUCAUGGUGGUAACAUCAUUUGAAACAGUGUUUCGCCAUCUGAUGAGACUAAAACUACUAAAUGUCAGAUCCGUCGAAUAUUUUUAGGUGGGUCUGAAGCUCCUUAAGGCAGAGUGAGGCAGGUUUCACCGGCGUUCUUACAAACUGUUGAAUAAAUUCAAAACCAAGCUUCAGAUAUCUGAUUUUCUAAUAAAUUCAAACAUGCAUAUUGUGUGGAACCUGAUCAAAAUGCUGCAAUCGAAACAGAAUUAAACCACUAUAUUGACUUGGACUAGCUCUAGUCAGGCAGGAGGUGUUUAACACUGGCUGGUAUUCGGUUUUUAAUAAAGCAUCGAAUUGGCUCAUUAUUUUGGUUUAAAGCUAGCGCAUGCUGUCAUCUGUUGACAGAAACCACUGACUCGAUCGAAACAGGCCACACCUUGCUAUACUGAAGUGAGUGAAAAAUGAUCUUGUAGUUAAGAGGAACAAUCAUGCAUAAAUAAUAAAAUUUGAUAGUUUGGUGAACAUUUAUCACGCAUCAUUUAUUUACUGAAGAAUAUCUGCUCACUGAUCAGUCUUUUUGGUUUCAUUAUGAUGCCUCGGAGUCAACAUACAGAAAGUUGGUUUGGAGUUUUUUGGCAUUGCAGGGACUUUCAUUAAGUUUGGUGAACAGACACCUCUGUGUGUCAAAGAGAAGUCAUGUACAAACUGUUCAAUAUUGAACAAAUGGGAACUAGACUCUAAUAAAUUGUUUGACUGUU